AUGGAAAAAGAGGCCAGCCACCUGGAAAGACAGCAUGUUCAUAAUGUAUAUGAGAAGAUUGCUCCUUAUUUCAAUGACAAACGCUACAAGGCCUGGCCAAAGGUACAAGAGUUCCUAUUAGCUCAGGAGCCAGGAAGUCUAGUGGCUGAUAUUGGAUGUGGAAAUGGGAAAUAUCUGCAUAUCAACAGCCAGACUUUUAAAAUAGGGUCUGAUUAUUGCUUCCCACUGGCAGAGGCUGCGAGAAAUCGAAAUUAUGAAGUAAUGGUGUGCGAUGGACUUCAACUGCCAUACCGAGAUGGUGCCUUUGAUGCUGUUCUCUCUAUAGCUGUAAUCCAUCAUUUUUCAACGAAGGAACGGCGCAUACGAGCCAUUAAAGAGAUGGCUCGAAUCCUGAGAGUUGGUGGGCAGAUGAUGAUUUAUGUAUGGGCAAUGGAACAGAAAAGAAGAAAAUUUGAGAAGCAAGACUUGCUUAUACCAGGAAAUAAGGAGCCACAAAAGGUUUCAGAGAAAAGGAAGGACCUAACUGAACCAGAGUCCAAGAACCUGACACUCAAACCUUUGAGUAGGGUUCACAGCAAUAUGCCAACAAAGAAUAGGACUAAACAUUCCUCAUUUGUUGAUGAAGCAUCUUCGCCAUUUAAAAUUGGCCUCCAUUCAUCAAGAUUUUUAACACGGUCUCUAGAAUCAGGGCUGGAUAUAAGCAGUAAAUGUGCAAGCAGUGACCAGAAGCAUGGAAACAUUCUACGUAGAUUGUAUGACUACUGCACUGAAUUAAGAAAAGCAGCAAACAUGUAUCCACCCAGACUGUCCAAACCUGCUCAUUUCCUAAGACAAAUUGGUGACCUUCUACCAAAAUACAUACAGGACCUGGAGAAUGAUACCAACAAAGUCACAGGGUUAUUUCCACUUGCUAACAAAAGUCAUUGCACAUCUUCCAAUGUAGAACUUGGCCGAGAAAUAAUCAAAGACCUUGGUAAUGUUCCAUUACCAGGUCUGAAAGCUAAUUGCAAUGGACCAGUUAAUUCAAUGCUGUCUCUUAACUCUGACACCAAUUGCAAGAAAGAUCAGCAGGUCCCCCCAACUGACAAUACAAACUAUCUUCGCUAUUAUCACAUAUUUAAACAGAAUGAACUUAGUGACCUCAUACAACAAUACAUUCCUGAACUACUUGUUGUAAGCACAUUUUAUGACCAUUCCAACUGGUGUGUCAUUGCAGAAAGAAUUAACUUUGGAAAAUGUGUUAACUCCUCAUAA